AUGCUACGAAGAGAUCGGCGAGCAAGCCCACCAACUACGCAAGAAAAGCGGCCCAGCAUGUGGAAACCUUGCAAACGGUCCUACCAGCAGUCACCAACCAUUGCCAUGUUCGUAGAGAAUGUUAGGUUAUGGUCCGAAUGCAAGAAGGUCGUACAUCGAGACAAGAGAGUUGAGACAACUCUCAACUAUAGUCGUGGCUACUGGUAG